UAUAUGCAUAGACAUAGUGUUGGUGGUUGACUUAAUUUUUCUGUUUCUGAAACGCAGUUGCGGUAGUAGUAAUAGUAGUAGUCGUCGUCUUCAGGUGCAUCCAUGGCCGAAGAAGGUGGUUCGCCUUAUCAUCACGAUCAUUACAACAACCAUUUCAAGACGGUGGAUGAGAGAUCGGAAGAGCAGCGAGCCAUAGACGAGUGGCUUCCCAUCACCUCCUCCAGGACUGCCAAAUGGUGGUACUCUGCUUUCCACAAUGUCACCGCUAUUGUCGGCGCCGGAGUCCUCGGCCUCCCUUACGCCAUGGCCGAGCUCGGAUGGGGUCCUGGAAUUGCAAUCCUAGUCGUCUCCUGGAUCGUCACUCUCUACUCCCUUUGGCAAAUGGUGGAGAUGCACGAGAUCGUCCCCGGCGGAAAACGUUUCGACAGGUACCACGAGCUCGGCCAGUACGCUUUCGGCGAAAAGCUCGGCUUGUGGAUCGUCGUGCCUCAGCAGCUGAUCGUCGAAGUUGGAGUCGACAUCGUUUACAUGAUCACCGGCGGCCAAUCUCUCCGGAAAUUCCACCAGUCGGUUUGCCCCAAUUGCGUUGACAUAAGGCUCACCUAUUUCAUCAUGAUCUUCGCCUCUGUUCACUUGGUCCUCUCCCAACUCCCCAGCUUCAAUUCCAUAUCCGGCGUCUCUUUAGCCGCCGCAGUUAUGUCCCUCAGCUACUCGACAAUUGCGUGGAGCGCGUCAAUUCACAAGGGGAUGCAGCCUAACGUUGAAUACGGGUACAAAUCGAGCACCACUGCCGGCACUGUAUUUAACUUCUUCAGUGCAUUGGGGAGCGUCGUUUUCGCUUACGGAGGGCACAAUGUGGUGAUGGAGAUUCAAGCGACUAUGCCUUCGACAUCGGAGAAGCCAUCAAAGGGGCCUAUGCUGAGAGGAGUUAUUGUUGCUUACAUAAUAGUGGCGGUGUGCUACCUCCCGGUAGCUCUGGUUGGGUACGCCAUGUUCGGGAAUGACGUAGAGGAGAACAUUCUCAUCACUCUGCACAACCCCAAAUGGCUGAUCGCCAUGGCCAACAUGUUUGUUGUUGUUCAUCUCAUUGGAAGCUAUCAGAUAUAUGCAAUGCCGGUUUUCGACAUGAUGGAAACUGUGCUUGUGAAGAAACUCAAGUUCAGACCAACUUGGUAUCUGCGGUUUAUUACGAGGAAUGUUUAUGUCGCAUUCACAAUGUUCAUUGCCAUCACAUUCCCUUUCUUUGGAGGGCUGCUUGGAUUCUUUGGAGGGUUCGCCUUUGCUCCCACGACAUACUUUCUUCCCUGUAUCAUAUGGCUUUGCAUUAGGAAACCACGAGCAUUCAGCCUAUCUUGGUUGGCUAAUUGGGUAUGUAUCGUAUUCGGAGUACUUUUGACGAUUGUGGGACCACUGGGAGGAUUGAGGCAGAUCAUACUCCAAGCCAAAGACUACAAAUUUUACUUAUAAUGAUAAUAAGCAGCAGCAAAGUUUUUGUUUGUUUGUUUAUUUGUUUGUUGUAUCAUCAUCACUUGGCUAGCUUGUGUUGACUUGAUAUGUAAAUCUCGAUGAAGUUGAUCAUCAGAAUUGUAUUAUGAAGAUAUUGUAUAGAGAGGGAAGGGAGAGUAUAGUACAUAGUGAUCGAGUUGGUGAGAGCUAAAGCUUUUAAUUUUUUUA